AUGCCGGGCUUAUGGAAGCUCCUCUUGCCGCUGCUGCUGCUAGGGGGCAGGAGUUUGGCACAAACAUGCCUCGAUGCCCUUAACAACGAUCAGGUAGACGCGUGUGUAUGUUACUCUCUGGAAUAUGUUGUCAGUUACGUCGCCUACAUAGCCGUUUCUACGUCAUACACAUCCAACUGUGAGGCUCUGCCCACACUCUCAGCCACUACAUCCGCAGCUGCGCGAUUCCUAGAGAGCAACCUCGGCGGGGGCAACUAUUCAGGGUAUGUGACUAUCAGCAAUGGAGUUUACACGGGCACAGAUAUCUUGGCCGGGCCGACGACACGGGCGAUUUUGGGACUUGAUGGGUCAGGGACGCUCGUAGUGGAGGAUCCGCCCUCGUAUACGACAGUUUCUCGAACUGGUACGGCAACAGUAAGCCCUGUAUCGCUUCCGAGCUUCAUUAACUCCACGAGCUUCCUAACGACGAACCCCAUCACGGCACCGCAAACCAUCCUUGUCGCCAACCCCACGCCUGGGGCUUCUAUAGCCUCCCGGGGGACUGUAGUCGUCGCGGUCCCUGACCCAAGAUUAUACAACACGAGCACCCUCGCUUACGCCGGAACCGACCCCCUAGGCGCAGCUCGGACGACUAUUUCGACUAUUGCUGAGUCUGGAUUUGUGCCUGGCACCUACGUCGUUGCCGUCGCUACCACGACUGUGCCGGACGUAUCCUACGAUGUUUCUACCGUUGCAUACACUGGAACAGCCGCCCUUUCUGGUCCAACUGUAGUGUCAGUCAUCCAGCCUACGAAUAGGAGCGGUCGAGGGACCGUCGUGAUUGGGGUUCCUCCGACCGGGGUUCCGCCACCUCAGGUGACCUCGAUUGUUCCAUAUGAGGGCACAAGUUCGAUUACAGGAGCGACGACGAUACUCAACAGGCCCUUUGAUGGCACCGUACCAGGAACUGUCGUAGUUGGACUGCCUCCAUCUUCUUUCAUCACCCAGACUGUGCCAUUCACGGGCAAAGAAGUCCUCACGGCCCCGAUCACAAUUUCGAUAAUCCCGCCGAGCGGAUCUCAACUCGGGACCGUUGUCGUCGGAAGUCCAUCAGCCACAUUCCUGGCCAGUUUCGUCCCCUUUACCGGAUCGACUCAGGAGACGCUGUCUGUGAUUCAGCCUACGGGUACAUCCCCUGGAAUUGUGAUCAUUGGACAGCCCGGAGAUCCUUACGCUGAUGUCAAUGAUCCUACUUUGACGUCUGCAUCUCAAGUAAUGCCAACCCGAUACGUCACGUCGAUUGUCACAUAUACCCCUGCUUCAGACGCUCCAAAUACACCAUCUACUUUGGCGGUCAUAGAUGGCACGGUGAUUAUUGGUUUGCCGCGUAUCAUUUCCCCGGCUGCGACUGGUUCAGACUCGUUCAUUACUUCUGCAAGGGGAUCUUUUGUCACCUCAACCAUAGACUUCACUGAAGGUGCAGACUUGCCGACGGGCGUUGAUCCCGUGGGAACCAUUCCUGGAACCGUCUUUGUCUAUGCUCCAUCGGCAGCCAGAGACCUUGGGCCGUCGUUCGUCACAUCAGAGGUCAUUUUGCUUGGGACGGCAGCUGGCUCGGCACCUACAACCGUCUCGAUCGUGGAACCAACGGACGGGCUCCCUGGAACUAUAAUCAUCGGAAGACCGGCCAUUUUCGUUACUUCGACAGUUCCUUGGACAGGUUCGAUUCCUUUGCCAUCUCGGACAACAGUUGCCGUCGUGGCUCCCUCUGGAGACAGCCCUGGCACAAUUUUCGUCGCGGACCCCACGUCUUUUGGUAGACAGUUCUCAACCUCCUUUGUUCGCCUUUCCGGUUCCUUAGAAGAGGGGGCCGCAACAACACUGACGCUGAUCCCCGGCCAGGGGACUUCGCAACCAGUUGUCGUCAUUGGAGUGCCUGACGAUUAUAUAACUUCCACUGUUGACUUUAGUGGCACAGGGAUCCUGACAACGAGAACUACGCUUUCGACACUGCCUCCGAAUGGUGUAGCACCGGGCGUCAUCAUUGUCGCUGACCCACCGACAUCAGUCUCACCUGGUUCUGCCGUUGUCACGGCCGGAGUUUCUGAUGGCACUCAGCCCAACUAUGUCACCUCAACGGUGGUGUAUGGUGGAUUGACUACAUCUGUCCUGACCAGCGUUCCGCCCUCCGGUUCCAACAGGGGUACAGUGGUUCUCGCUGUUCCUUCAGCGGCUGCAGGAAACCCGUCGCCAACACCCGUGUCCCAGUUGAACAACCCGAGCGUGGCGCGAGCCUCAUUCGUUACUUCGACUAUUGUCAGUCUCGUUGGCUCUUUAGUUGCCUCACGAGCAACCAUCUCAACUGUUACACCUGACAUUGCGAAUUCUAUCCCUGGCACAUACGUCGUGGCCUUACCCAACGCCUACAUCACCUCCACAGUACCAUGGACUGGAGAAGUGCCCUUGUCGACCGUUACUACGAUUUCUAUCAUACCUCCUUCCAACUUCCAGCCUGGUGUGAUCGUAGUGGCUGCCCCGAAUGCGAUAGACUCAUCCACCACACAGGCAGUGGGCAGUGGCACAGUUCCAACUCCAGUUCUUGCAAGCAAUGCUUCCCCGGGAAACUCACCUACACCACUCUCUGUCACUCAACUACCAGCUCAGACGCUUUUCACCACCUCAACCGUACGUCUAGCAAGUGAUCUCGGGAUUUCAUCAGCGACGAUCUUGACUACCCAACAAGCUAGUCCAGGAUCACCAUCCACGGUGUUGCUUGGUGUUCCAGACCAAGUCGCCAACUCAGAGGCCUCUACCGCAGGAGCAGAAGCAGAGACCAUUAUCAAUCCGAAUUCUGGGCCUCAACCAGCCAGUAGCUCAGCAGCUGUAUUCACGUCGACCGCGACGGAAAGCUCCAUCGCUUUUAGUGCUUCCGUUGGCUCUGUUCCUUCGACGACGGUACUCGGCAAUACUGCGCUCAGUUCCUUCGUCAUUUCAGACAUCUUCUACACUGGGACCAACUCGUUCACCUCGCCCAUCCCGCUGACGACUCUAUCUGCUGACCUCGGCAGCCCUAUGACUGUGAUACUGUUACAGCCGUCAUCGGCCAUUGGCUCAACUGGCAACCCUGUCGGUGGUUCUGGCUCAACUAGUUCGCUGGCAACUGGGUCAAGCCCGACAACGAGCGCGUCUCCUUUCAGUAAUGUUGCUGGCACGGCUUUCUCAACUAUCGCCAGUACGUCUGUUCUUGCUGAUUCAAGCAUCAGCACCACAGCUUCUUCUGAGCGCUUUUCCAACCAAUCUCCCUUUGGUACACCCCCAGAUUCAGCGGUGACAACCCCUCUUGCCACGGUCUUCGUUGACUACACAGGCACUGGAGUUCCAAGCGAGUUUUUGACGCUAAGAACGACUUCGGGGACCGUGGUGAUUCAACGACCUCGACCUCUGACGACUGUGCAGACUUUCUACUCUGGAAGCGUUUCCAUUGCAAUUCUCACAAUCAUUCCGUCCGGGACCGAGGCUGCCACCAUCGUCUUUGGGGUUCCAUCGCCGGUAAACACAACGCCCGUCACGAGCUUCAGUCAAGAAUCACUCAGCGUGGAAUUGCCGUCAAGCACAAACUCGAUUGACACACUCAUUUCCGCGGACCCCCAGAUAAUUGUGAGUAGCACUGCCAGGUCAUCAACACCAGUCGCGGUUCCGGGGACAUCUACUGGUACGAAUCAAACUUCAAGUGAGCUGGUUGCGGACCCGACUUCACAGAUUUCGUCACCUAUCUCCUCGACCCGGUCCUCUAGUUCGGAAACCAUUUCAUCCUCCAACAAUUCUGGUGCGGGCUCUCCCGCGUUAUCCGCAAUUCUUUCUCGAGUAUCCUCAACUUUGACGUCUUUGGAUUCGACCAUAGAGUCGUCUUCAUCAGUACUAGCUCAGCCACAAGCAACCUCACUGAGUAGCUUGACGGCUUCAUCUACCGCUAAUACGGCAACGGCAACGACAGUUACAGACGCCGCUCUAACAUCGAAUUCCGUCUCGGAGUCGAGCAGUUCGUCAUUCAGCCCCAUUCUCUCGGGCUCAGUUGCCCCAACUGCAUCUUCAUCCCAAAGUACCAGCUCAGGAGCCAUCAGCUUGAGUAUUAUCAGCUUAGAUGUCUCGACUUCAGACCCAUCAAGUCAAGGGUCUGGCACCUUUACCUCAAACACGCCCCCUCCGUCCUUGCUGAGCACAUCGAUUUCAAUUACAGCUGAUCCGAACCUGAUAAGCUCAAUACUUUCCACUGCAACUUCAUUAUCUACAUCGGACGCAGCCUUUUCAGCGAGCAGCGGUGGCCUCUCUCUUUCAGCAACCGUCGAGGUGUCUGUCGAAUCGACCGUCUCUUCAACCGCUGCAAGAACACCCUCCACGCCAUCCACCAGUCCAAGCACUUCGCUCUCCUCUGUUCUAGAUAUUUUAAGCGAUACCACAGCUUCCUCUUUUUCUUCUUCAAGCGGAUCAGGAUCACAGAGUUCGACUUCGUCAGACGCUACAGCCAGUACAUCACCCAGCUCCGAGCUCUCAAUCCAAAAUGGACCUUCAUCCAACUUGGCGAGCACGGAUGUUCCUGCCCCAUCUGACUCGGUGGUCUCCUCUACUGCGCUUCCCAACAUUCUUAGCAGCCUUUCCGAAAGCAUAGAGUCUUCUUCAACUCUCAUCUCGUCAUCCUCGGGUACUUCCACGUCUACCGGGACAGAUUCGACGACUGCGGAGACUAAUGCUGUUUCCAACGACUCAUCGGCACAGAGUAUGAACCCAGUAUCUUCUAACCCUUCUGAUUCAAGCACCUCCUCGCUCGACCCAGGCAUAUCUGUCGGUUCUAGCGGUCUUAUCGGAUCGACCACAACAUCCGGGCUUAGCUUAGUAACCCCGACAGCAACAGUUGUGACCUCUGUGGUCGUGUUCACUGGAACUGAGUCCUUCACAGGCACAGGAUUGGUUCCUCUCACCACCAUUUAUCCAAGUAAUAGUGAGGCCCCGACGGUAGUCUUUGGGGCGGCUAGAGAACUCUUUUCUUCCGUUGCUGUUCCGUACUCUGGUACGGGUAUCAUCACUGGACCUCAGCAAGUGAGCAUUGUAUUGCCCAGUGGCUCGGACUCACUGGUGCUUGGAACCAUUGUCUACGCAACGCCUGACCCUUUUGUCACGUCUGAGGUAGACUACACAGGAACAGGCACUCUGGUCUCGCCUCUACCGUUGACCACCAUCUACCAGUCUGGCACGGUACCGGGGACCGUCAUUUUGGCAAGGCCGGCUAUCUUUGCCACGUCUAGUACCAGCUCGUCCACCCAUUCCACUGCUUCGAGCGAGUCUUCCAUUUCUAUUGAGCUUAGUACGACAUCACAGUCUAGGAGUUCGAGUGACAGUAAUGCGUCAUUAGAAACGAGCUCCUCGUUCGCAUCAAGUUCUCAACUGGAAUCUACCCCAUCGUCCACUUCUUCUGAAAGCUUGUUGGGACCGAGCAAUAUCCCAGAGUCUACCACCUCAAGCACGCCUACUGUCUUAGCUGAAUCUGGCACAGCGAGCGAGUCCCAGUCACCGUCAAGCGAACUUGCAUCGACAGCCCCAUCAACCACGUCCGAAGGUGUCAGCUCGACGAUCGGUGAGCUGAGUUCUUCUACAAUCAUCUCAGCUUCUUCAAUUGGUUCCAGUUCGAGCCUAGGACCAUCAAGUUCUAUCGCAGCAUUAACCGACGCCAGCCUCUCGACCGGUGUCAGCCCCGAUCCGGCGUUUCUGAGCACGUCUCCAAUCUCGAUAAGCGAUUCAACUUCUCCGACCUUAACGGCUGAAAGCUCCAUCUCCUCGAGCCGAACGACCCUUUCGACUGUGCCAGAUACCACCACAAGCCAGAGGAGCCCUUUCUCGACGGAGAUAAGCAGUUCGUCGCAGGCGCCUGAAAUAAGUAGUCAGCAGUCGAGCGACUUCACAGCGUUGUCUAGUUCAACAGCAUCGUCCACUACUCCUCUUCCUGCUUUCAGCAGUACCACUGAGUCUUCGUCAAUCGAGGCCGCAACUUCGCCGUCAACAGCUGACGCUAGCAUGACAAGUUCGAGCAGCAGCACAGACAGUACUGGCAUGCUCGAAGCUACCACGGGGUUUGAAGCAACCAGUGGCGCAACAUCAAGUAGCGGAGUUGAAAGCGGCAGCGCCACUGACACUGGAACAACAGGGGCGGCCUUCGCUUCCCUACUGACCACAAGUGGUUCGAGCUCUUCGAGUGAUAUUGCAGCUACGUCAAACAUUGCCGACCCCAGGAGUAGUAGUACUUUAUCCGAUGUUCUCAGUUCCGAGACCAGCGUCAGCACUUCAAUUAGUAUCGAAUCCGAAGCUAGUAGUGCCACCUCUAUGGAUACUACCACAACGGAACUUACCUCUUCCACAUCCACCAUUGCUUCGAGCUUGGCCAUCGAGUCCCUCACAACGCCGAUAGUCACCACCUCAGAGACAACGAGCAACGAUAUCAGCCGCAGCAUCUCAACCACCAGCAUCACUAGUGAGUCAGAUCAGAGUAGCAGCACCAGCGAUAUCGAGACAGUAUCGACAUCAUAUGCCUCUCUCAUACCCACCACCGAUGCGAGCUCUUUGUCUGGCAUCUCCAUCACAGCAGGUGGGACAACCUCAGAGCCCAGCAGCUCGGUUGCGGAUAUCACCAGUUUGAUCUCAAGCACCGACAUACCUCCGACAACUCCCACAAGUCUUUUCUCCGAAGCAACCAGUACUUCUUCAGAAGCCACGACCUCCACUGGUGAUCCACCGAGCACGCCCAGUAGCUCGCUCGCAGAUGCUGCAUCAUCACUCUCGCUGACUGAUGCCGAUACAGUCACCUCUAGCUCUUUGCUCCCGACAAGCAGCGGCCUGGCAACAGCUACACCCAUCUCUUCUGAGACUUCACCAGUUUCAAUCACGACAGCAUCUGUGGAUGCUGCUUCAUACGUCACGUCGCAACUCAUUUACACCGGCCCUUCUUCGCUGUCUGGGCCUCUCCCGUUGAGCACUAUCCAGCCAACGAAUGGGUCCCCAGGCACUGUUAUUUUGGCAUUUCCAGCAUCAUUCUACACCACUUCAACGUCAAUUUACACUGAAGGCGACUCUUACAUCGUUCCGUCUGCCAUUAGCACAGUUGCACCGUCUGGAAUAGCCAAGGGGACUGUCAUAUUUGCAGCUCGCUACGCGGUGGCUCGAGUUGUGUAUUCAGGAACUUCAGUCAUCACAGAGGCCAUCCCUGUGGCGACCUACCCAGGCAGUGGAACAAUAAUUGGCACCAUUGUCUACGCUUAUCCUCCGCCAAGUUUGGCAACGUCCGAGGAGUCCACGAGCGGAGCAUCUACCACUGCAUCUACAGAACCCCUCAGUUCGAUCACUCCUCAAGUCAACUCGACUUCGUCAACUUCCUCCGACGUUAACUUCUCUUCGACCCCGUCAAGUAGCUCAACUUUAUCUACCUUCAACCUUUGGAUCGACGACAGAGGAGCGGACAACGUCGAGCGGGCUACCUUCCGGGAUUACAUCAUCACCAUCGAUCGAUUUUACGGACUCCUCAGCUUCAUUGACUUCGUCUACAGCUGA